UCUGCUGGCAGCUACGGAGCGCCGCAGGGCCCAGCCCAGGAAGCGUUGUCCGAGCCGCGAGAGUCACGUGACAGGAAGUCGUCUGGAAGAAGCGGAAGUAGCAUGUGCUAGGGGAGGGGGCGGUACCCGGAACCCGGAGGGAAAAGGCUCGUGGAGUGGGCGAGCCCUGGCCGCCAAGAUGAAGGUGAAGAUGCUGAGCCGGAACCCGGACAACUAUGUCCGCGAGACCAAGCUGGACUUACAGAGAGUUCCAAGAAACUAUGAUCCUACCUUACAUCCUUUUGAGGUCCCACGAGAAUACGUAAGAGCUUUAAAUGCUACCAAACUGGAACGGGUAUUUGCAAAACCAUUCCUCGCUUCUCUGGAUGGUCACCGAGAUGGAGUCAAUUGUUUGGCAAAGUAUCCAAAGAGUCUGGCUACUGUCGUUUCUGGGGCAUGUGAUGGAGAGGUCAGAAUUUGGAACUUGACCAAACGAAACUGUAUCCGUACAAUACAGGCACAUGAAGGUUUUGUACGAGGAAUAUGUACUCGUUUUUGUGGGAGUUCUUUUUUUACUGUUGGUGAUGACAAAACUGUGAAGCAGUGGAAAAUGGAUGGACCAGGCUUUGGAGAAGAGGAAGAGCCAUUGCAUACAAUAUUAGGAAAGACAGUGUAUACAGGAAUUGAUCAUCACUGGAAAGAAGGAAUUUUUGCCACAUGUGGACAGCAAGUAGACAUUUGGGAUGAACAGAAAACCAGUCCUAUAUGUUCAAUGACCUGGGGAUUUGACAGUAUAAGUAGUGUUAAAUUUAACCCAAUUGAGACAUUUCUCUUGGGAAGUUGUGCUUCUGACAGGAAUAUAGUACUAUAUGAUAUGAGGCAAGCUACUCCUCUGAAAAAGGUCAUCUUAGAUAUGAGAACAAAUACAAUUUGUUGGAACCCUAUGGAAGCUUUCAUUUUUACUGCAGCAAAUGAAGAUUACAACUUAUAUACUUUUGAUAUGCGUGCACUGGACACUCCUGUGAUGGUGCACAUGGAUCACGUGUCUGCGGUGCUGGACGUGGAUUAUUCUCCCACUGGGAAGGAGUUUGUGUCCGCUAGUUUUGAUAAAUCUAUUCGAAUCUUUCCUGUGGACAAAAGUAAGAGCAGGGAAGUAUAUCACACAAAGAGAAUGCAACAUGUUAUCUGUGUAAAAUGGACUUCUGACAGCAAGUACAUUAUGUGUGGAUCUGAUGAAAUGAACAUUCGUCUGUGGAAAGCUAAUGCUUCUGAAAAAUUGGGUGUGCUUACAUCACGAGAAAAGGCAGCCAAAGAUUAUAACCAGAAGUUGAAGGAGAAAUUUCGGUAUCAUCCUCAUAUAAAACGUAUCGCUCGUCACCGCCAUCUACCCAAACCGAUCUACAGCCAGAUUCAAGAACAGCGCAUCAUGAAAGAAGCUCGCCGACGGAAGGAAGUGAAUCGUCUCAAGCAUAGCAAGCCUGGAUCUGUGCCGAUUGUGUCAGAGAAGAAGAAGCACGUAGUGGCAGUUGUGAAAUAAUAUUUGGUAUUCCUGCCAAUACUGGCUUAUAAUUAUUUGUUACAUUUUGAUUUGUAAACUCUACAAAUAAAAAUACAGUUAAUCCUUGAACAAC